GCCGAGUAACCGUGUCCGUACGCCGUGUCGUGCGCACGCUCGGCUCAGGUCCCGAACGCAGUGACCGGAGGCAGAGAACAUCCACGGCACAGGUCCCGCGCAUAUCCUAUCGACCUUUCCCAAACCUAUCGGCGACCGGCACGCCAGCGCCCGCUCUGAUGCUACGGCCACCGGCGGUGCCACUACGCCCUCCCGCUCCCCGCGCCUCCGUGCUUCCGCCCCCCAGAGCCGCAAACCCUAACACCGACCCGACAACAACAACAACCACCACCACCGCAGACGCAGCGGCCACCAUGGGCGCAGCGGCGUGGUGGCGGCGCGCGCUGGGGCAGCGGUUCAACCCGGCCGGCGUAGCCGCGGUGGCGGCCGUCGCGGCGUCCGAGCCGCGCCUGGCGCUGCCGCACGUGUCGGUGCAGGACAUCCGGUGGCUGGACUGGGCCGAGCUCCGCCGGGCCGGGUUCCGCGGCGUCGUCUUCGACAAGGACAACACCCUCACCGCGCCCUACGCGCCCGCGCUCUGGCCGCCGCUUGCUGCCGCGUUCGACCAGUGCCGCGCGAUAUUCCCGCCCGGCGCGCUCGCCAUCUACAGUAACUCCGCAGGGCUGAAGGAGUAUGAUCCGGAUGGGAUUGACGCGAGGGCGAUCGAGGCAGCCAUUGAAGGGGUUCAUGUGAUCAGGCAUGAUAUAAAGAAACCUGGUGGAGCAGCUAAGGAAAUAGAGAGUUACUUUGGUUGUUCAGCCUCAAAUCUUGUGCUGGUUGGUGAUCGAUACUUCACUGAUGUGGUCUACGGAAACAGGAAUGGCUUCCUUACAGUAUUGACAGAACCGCUAAAGUUUGCUGAUGAAUCGUACAUUGUCAGAAGGGUUCGGAAACUGGAAGCAUACAUCAUCAGUUAUUGGGACAAGAAAGGGCACAAACCAAUUAAGCACUCUUUGCUCCCUGAUGCAAGAAGAAUUGUGAAAUUUGAUCCAUAUGACGACUCAAUUACAUCCAGAGUAUAGUAUAAUGAUCUAUGUUGCUCCUGCUCACACACGUAAUUCACGGGGGUUCUCUUCUCUGGAUCAGUGAGUAUAGAGAUCUGUUGUUGUCACUGAGAAGAUUAUAAAGGGAGAAAUAUAUGGUGUGUAGAGAUUUGCUGUUUAUUUUUUGAGCAGAAUGCAGUUCAGGGGAAUAUAUUUUUGAUAAUAUCAUGUGCAUGAACAUUAUUUUGUUA